GGAGACCAGGAGGGCACUGUCAGUGAGUUUCCACCACUGAGCAACAUGGUGGCCCGGGCACUCCUCGUCCUCUGCUGCCUCACACUUGUCUUUGUGAAUGUGGCACCUUUUGCGAUAAAUCACCAAACCAACCUGGAAAAUGAAGAAGCGGAAGAAUUCAAAGACAUCCCUGAAUUAAAUGUGGGUCAGAGACUCUUCCAAGGUGAUAUCAUGCUUCCGAAUGAUAGGAAUGCGCUGCGGAAUGAAACCUAUCGGUGGAAGUUCCCCAUUCCAUACAUAUUGGCCGAUAAUCUGGACCUAAAUGCCAAGGGAGCUAUUCUGAAGGUUUUUGAGAUGUUCCGUCUGAAGUCUUGUGUAGAUUUUAAACCCUAUGAAGGAGAACACACAUUUCUUCAUUUCCAGAAAUUUGGAGGAUGCUGGUCCUACGUCGGUGACUUCGGAGUAGGUCAGAACGUUUCUAUUGGAAGUGGAUGUGACCAUAAGGCCGUUAUAGAACACGAGAUCUUACAUGCACUGGGAUUCUACCAUGAGCAGUCCAGAACCGAUCGAGAUGAUUAUGUAGAGAUCUGGUGGGAUGAAAUCACUGAAGGAAUGGGACACAACUUCAACACAUACGAUGACAAUUACAUCACUGACCUGAACACUCCAUAUGACUAUGAGUCCGUUAUGCAUUACGGUCCGUUCUCUUUCAACAAAAAUGCCAGUGUUCCGACUAUUACUGCCAAAAUCCCAGCCUUCAAUAACAUUAUAGGACAACGCCUGGACUUCUCACUGAUAGACCUGGAACGCCUCAACCGCAUGUACCACUGCACUGCCCCGCUCAUUCUCCUUGAUCAGUGCUCCUUUGAAUUCAUCAACAUCUGUGGAAUGGUCCAGGGUAUCACGGACGAUGCAGACUGGGUCCAUGAACUCAGUGUUCCUGGGGUUUCUGGGGACCAUACCUUGGUAGGACGCUGUAGAGAGGCUGGUUAUUUUAUGUCCUUUAACACCCAUGGAGGAAGUGUUGGAAAAACUGCCGUGCUGGAGUCCAGGAUCCUCUAUCCUAAGAGGACAGAGCAGUGUCUGCAGUUCUUCUACAAGAUGGAUGGCAGCCCGAAGGACAAACUCACCAUCUGGGUUCGCCUUGAUGAUGGCACUGGGAAUGUGAGAAGGAUGAGGAAAAUUAAGUCAAUUAAUGCUGACAAUGACCACAACUGGAAACUCACCCAUGUGACACUGAACGCUGAUAAAAAGUUCCGUUACGUCUUCCAAGGUAUUCAGGGAGAUACCACAACAACCAGCGGUGGCAUUGUCCUUGAUGACAUCACUUUGUCGGAACUGCCCUGCCCCAAUGGAGUCUGGACCAUCCGCAACUUUAGCCAGAUCCUUGCUAAUACUGUUAAAGGAGAACGUAUUGUCAGCCGUUGUUUCUAUUCCCCUGAAGGCUAUGGUUAUGGUGUGGGUUUAUACCCUCAUGGGCAAAAUGGAUCCACUUACACUGGUUACACUGGUAUAUCUUUCCACCUGUGCAGUGGGGAGGAUGAUGCUGUAUUGGACUGGCCCGUAUUGAACCAUCAGUUUAUUAUAACAGUGUUUGACCAGGAUCCGGACAUUCGUCUAAGGAUGUCUUCAAGCAGAAGCUAUACCACAUCCACUGAUCAAGUUAUUCCACCUCAGAAUAUAUCUCGCUGGGAAAGACCCUCUAAGAUUGGUACCUUCGACCCCUCUUGUGACUGCUAUCGGACUACUGAUUUUGGAUGGUACACCUUCAUAACUCACUCCAGUCUACACCGCAGGAGCUUCCUGAAAAAUGAUGAUCUUAUCCUGUUUGUGGACUUCGUCGAUUUGACUCAUCUAAUAAAGUCUGAAGUUCCCAUUCGGCCAGCUGUUCAGGUAUAUGAAGAAGAGGAAGUGCUUGAUAGGAAGAAGCGAUCCCUGGAAAGCCCAGCAGAUUCCAAAGAUUAUGAUGCCCAACCAAUGGCAAUGUGUGAUGACAAUCCUUGCCUGAAUGGUGGAGCGUGCGUGAAUGAGAAUGGCAGAGCAAGCUGCAGAUGUGCACCAAGCCAGGCAUUUAUGUACACGGGUCAAUUCUGUGAGACGGCGCAGCUUCACGGGAAUGUCCUCGGAAUGAUGAUUGGAGGAGUGGCUGGAAUCAUUGCUAUGACUAUUGUCGUUCUCUCUGUCAUGGGCAGAAAAUAAAUUCACUGUAUACAAUCAAAUGAAAAUCUGUACGAUCUGCCUACAGAAACAUCACUCAUAUUAUUAAAAUAUAUGAAUAACACAAA